AUGGUGCCUGGUAGAUGGCUGGCGAGGGCGCUGCAUGGCUCCGGGGCGCGGCUGCGGUCCGCUGCACGGAGACCCGCCGCAAGAUACGGGACGCGAGACGAGCUGGAGGUGCCGCCGCUGCCGAGCACGAGCAGCGUGCCGGACGCGCAGGCGAUCAGCGAGCAGUUCCUGGCCCGCACGGGGGACCUGGAGCCCGGCAUGGAGGUGAAGGAGCUGCCGCAGAUCCGGCGCGAGUUCGGCUCGCGGUACGAAGCCAGAUACAGCAAGCCGUCGCGGGCGUGGCUGCAGCGGUGCUGGCGGGGCCGCGACGAGCACCCCGAGGGCUCGGCGGCAGCCGCCCGGCUGACGCCGGGCGCGCUGAUGCGCAGGCCGCUAGCGGUCGGGGACCUGGUGCUGCUCAGGGCGCAUGCCGCCGAGCUGUGCAUGUGCGUCGAUGUGCCCGUGAGCACGCGGGACCCGCGCUACACGUUUGCCACCGUAGACGGGUCGCUGCGGUUCGGCUCCCGGAGCGCUGUGCUGCUGCGCAUACCGCGCGAACUACCCGCGGAGCUCUCGCGGCCCGCUACGCUGCUGGUGCGGGAGGCGAAACACGGGUUCGAGCCCGUGGGUACGAUCAAGAACCGUGCGGACGAGACGCUGCUGCUGCCGGUGGCGGCUCGGCGGCUCGUAACGAGCGGAGCCGCGGAGCAGAUCUCGCAGAGUGCGUGGGCGCAGCUGCCGAUCGCUCUGAAGAAGCUGGAGCUGCUGCACCGAAGGCUGCAGGACGCGGCGGGGCCGCAGGCGCUGCCCUUCUUCAAUCUUGUGCUGAUGGUGCAGUCGCUCGAGCUGUCGCGGGCCGUCGGCAGCGCCGACGGAGACCGGUACGUGGAACGAGUGAUCGCCGAGAGCGUGGCUACGUCGCGCUCGGAGAUGGACGCCUCCUGCCUGCUGGCCUGCUACUGGGGGCUGGAGGCGCAGCAGAAGAGCCAUCUGUGGGGAGACAUUACGAUGAGCAGGGCGCUGCUGUCGCCGGUAGCGGUGACGGUGCUGCCUUUCGAGUCGCAACAUCUGUUCUAUGCUAGGCUGAAAGAAGAGCUGAAGGCCGAUGGUCAUGUGAAAAUCAACGAGUUUGCCAGAUUGGCUAACGGAGGCCGGUACCGAGAGCUGGCGGAUUCGUUCCCGCAGAUCAUUCAGCUGUUCAAGGACUACGCGGCUGGCAACUUGCAAAGUAACGAGACCGCCGUCUCGCUGAUCGCUAACAUCUUCAGAAAGAUUCGCGAGUUUGCGGAGGGCGACAUCACGCGAGACAGGUGCGAGCAACUGCUCUCUCGGACUUUGGUGGAGGACGUAGUGGAAAACCCGAUCCACUGUAAUUUUGCGCUCGCGCUGCCCGGGAGCUCGCCAAGAAGCCAGGUGAACGAGACUGUGUAUGAGCUCGCGAAGCCGGUGGAGCAGAAGGAGGCGGCCGUGGAAAGGUUCGACUUUGGGGAUUUGCCGGUGUACUGUAUCGACGCCGAGGAUGCCCACGAGAUUGACGACGGUGUCUCGAUCGAGGACGCCGGGAAGGGGAGGUUCACGCUGCACGUCCACAUCGCCGAUCCAACCGCGCUUUUCCCCGAGAGUGGUCUGAACGAAGAAAGUGGCAUCAGAGACGAGAUUCUGAAAAUGGCUUUUGAAAGGGCUUUCACGACUUAUCUGCCCGACAUAGUCGUGCCGAUGCUUCCGAGGGCUUACUGCGAAGCGGGCGAUCUUGGUAAGCAGGGCCGCAAGACAAAGUGUGUCACAUUUUCGGUUGAUGUGAAGGUUUCUGGCGAGAGAAUAGAGGUGCUUUAUGAGACGUACAAGAUCCGCCUGGGGCUAAUUUCCAAUUUCCCCAAGGUUACCUAUGAGGUGGUCGACCAAUACCUAGAGGACGCUGGGAAAGGCAAAGCGGUGACGCCUCUUGUCCGCGACCUUCAAAAAAUGCACCGGAUCUCUGGCCUGUUGAGAAAAUCAAGGAUAUUCAACGAUGACGCCGUCGUCUUUGGCAGCGGAUUCAACCAGGGACUGGUGGCGCUCUCACCAGUCGACCGAGAGAUCUCGUUCUUUGACCAGAAGGAGACCGCGUCGACUUUGCUCGUCUCCGAACUGAUGAUCCUGGCGAACACGCUAGCGGGGCGGUAUUUCGCAGAAAACAACAUACCGGGCGUCUUCCGGUGCUACCAGACCCUCUCAAUGCGUGACCAAGCAGAAAGGGAAUAUGAGAACAUGAAGAGGAAAGUUAAGAAGGGCAUUCUUCCGACCACCAAGGACAUAAACAUGCUUUCUUCGCUGCUAAACUCUAGUUUCUACAGCGAAUAUCCGGCUGCUCACAGCAUGAUCGGCGCAAAACAGUAUUUAACUGUCACGUCACCGCUGCGGAGGUUCCCAGACAUCAUCAAUCAUCUGCAAAUCCAGAAAGUUUUGCGCGGUCUGCCGCUUUGUUUCACGCAAAAAGAGGUCAGUAGGCUGCUGUGGCAUAUACAAUACAGAGACGCAGUACUAAAAAGUGCUGCCUCGCAUCAGGCCUCGUACUGGACACUCAAAUACAUCAAGAAGCUCAUCCAGGACAGCCCAGACAUGAAGUUCAGCGUUAACAUAACAUCAGUGUCGCAGUUCAACAUGGUACAAUGUGCCCUUUCUGAUUUUCCAUCCGCUCGCGGAACGCUGAAGCUGAAGCCAGGCGCUACAACCGUCCCCGCGAUAGGAGACACGGUAAAAAACUGUAAGGUAGGCAAGAUUGACUGUCUCGAUGGACUGCUGGAACUAGAACUCUAA